AUGCUUGUUCAUUACCAAUACUUCACGGGCAACCUACAACCCGCUUCAAUAUCCCUGUCCAUGGCCAUCCGUCUGUUGUACGCAUUUGAGGCACAUAAGGGCCCGAAUAGUGCGGGCACAUCAGGCGAUCAAAGCAGCUACGACAAGAAUAAGCUGAAAUUCCACCUACGGGAUCUCUUCUGGUACCUUUAUUCGAUCGACAAGGACAUAUCGUUAAGAACGGGACAGCCACCAACCAUCAACGACGACGAUUGUGACCUAACUCUCCCGGAGAAUUUCGCGAGGGAGCAGGACGUUAAUCUGCAGCGCACGUCUAUUUCAAUCGACAAGCGAACACUUCCCCUCUUCCCGUGGGACCCUCGACUCUCCAAGAUAAAAUCCGAAGCUUAUUCUAUGUUGUACUCUUCCAAGGCCCUCCGAAAAAGUGACUCCGACAUCUUGUCAAGCAUCCGAAGUCUCGACGAUGCCAUAGAGCAGUGGAGAAUGUCCUUGCACCCCGACUUUCGCCCGACGUUGUGUUUCUCUGACGGCAUGCGUAUUAGCGCCCAACCGAACACCCAGUCCACGAUGCUGAGGCUGGCAUACUAUCAUUGCAUCACCGUCAUCCACCAAGCAUGCGGAAGAUGGACGCUAUCGAGCCCUCCUCCCGAGAGCCAGCUUGAUGUAAUCAGCUCAUGCAUAGCCAUUGCAGUCAAUGCUAGUCUCUCAACACUCUCCUAUCUCAAGGUGGCACUGCCCGUAAUUGAAGGCGAGUGCUUUUGGGUCGUCCAUUUCUACGUAAUAACGGCCAGUGUAACGGUGUUCCACAACCUUAUCUGGGUCCCUCUCAACCCCGAAGCCGAACGACAUCUGGACAUUUUACGCCAAGUGCCCCAGCUGCUGCGCCAAAUCCCCGUCCGGAAACUUACACUGGGUGAGGUUACGCACCUUAGAUUUCUCGACGAGCUGAUUGCCGAACUUGCUCGUCUGGCGGGAUGUGCAAUAUCCACGGCGCGGCAGUGUGAGGGCACUGAAGGGAAUCUCACUGAACAAUACAAGUAUUUCUAUGCGCCUCCAAACUGA